CCCCCGCCAGCUAGGUGAAGGUGAGUGUCUCCUCCAGCCACCUCGGCUAGACCCGAACGGGCGGCUCCAGGCGCACUUUGGAAGCGUUCCGAGCCGUUCGUGUUCUCUCGCCAUGGCGCCUCCGUCGGUCUUUGCCGAGGUCCCGCAGGCUCAGCCGGUCCUGGUCUUUAAACUGACCGCUGACUUCCGGGAGGACCCGGACCCCCGCAAGGUCAACUUAGGAGUGGGAGCGUACCGCACGGAUGACAGCCAGCCCUGGGUUCUGCCCGUGGUGAGGAAGGUAGAGCAGCAGCUGGCCAACGACGACAGUCUCAACCACGAGUACCUGCCCAUCCUGGGCCUGCCGGACUUCCGGACCUGUGCUUCCACCCUGGCCCUUGGCGCGGACAGCCCGGCUUUCAAGGAGAAGCGGGUAGGAGGCGUGCAGUCCCUGGGGGGUACCGGUGCCCUUCGGAUCGGAGCUGAAUUCCUCGCACGCUGGUACAAUGGCACCAACAACAAGGACACACCUGUCUACGUGUCCUCGCCCACCUGGGAGAAUCACAACGGUGUCUUUGCCGCUGCUGGAUUUAAGGACAUUCGGUCCUAUCGCUACUGGGACGCAGCCAAUAGAGGACUUGACCUGAAGGGUUUGCUGAGUGACAUGGAGAACGCACCCGAGUUCUCCAUCUUCGUCCUCCACGCCUGUGCCCACAACCCCACGGGCACCGACCCGACGCCCGAGCAGUGGAAGGAGAUCGCCAUGGUUAUGAAGCGCCGGUUUCUGUUCCCCUUCUUUGACUCGGCCUACCAGGGCUUCGCCUCCGGAGACCUGGAGAAAGAUGCCCGGGCCGUCCGCUAUUUUGUGUCCGAAGGAUUCGAGCUCUUCUGUGCCCAGUCUUUCUCCAAGAACUUCGGGCUCUACAACGAGCGCGUGGGCAACCUGACCGUGGUGGCCAAGGAUUCGGAGAGCAUCCUGCGGGUGCUGUCCCAGAUGGAGAAGAUCGUGCGCAUCACGUGGUCCAACCCGCCCUCGCAGGGCGCCCGCAUCGUGGCCCGCACCCUCUCCGACCCGCAGCUCUUCAAGGAGUGGACGGGAAACGUGAAGACCAUGGCCGACCGGAUUCUGACCAUGAGAUCUGAACUCAGGGCGCAGCUUGAGGCUCUGAAGACCCCUGGCACCUGGAACCACAUCACCGAGCAGAUUGGAAUGUUCAGCUUCACUGGGCUGACCCCCAAGCAGGUGGAAUACCUGAUCAACGAGAAGCACAUCUACCUGCUGCCCAGCGGUCGCAUCAACAUGUGCGGCGUGACCACCAAAAACAUCAGUUACGUGGCCAACUCCAUCCACGAGGCCGUCACCAAAGUCCAGUGAGCAGCAGCCCCGCCCCCCGCCGCCCCCUCAGACCAGCCCCACCGAAGCCGCCCUCGCCCCCGCCGGCCCCCGCCCCGCAUGCUCCACACCCGCUCGAGUCUAGCUGUCCAUCGCGGGAGGCCGGCCAGAGAGGCCGCGCGGGGAGGCGGCCCGGGGGGCUCCACGUGCAGAGAACACCGCCGGGAAGAGAAGCGGGGUGGGGGGCCCGGGAGUAGAGCCCUCCUGGAGGUGGGCGCAAGUCAAGAUUUUUAUUUAAGAAGAAUAAAGAAAGACCCUUGGAUCAUGCACUGUCGAUAUCCCGUCCCCCGCCCCCAGUCCCACCCCUACCCCCACCCCCGCCCCGCCAGCUGAUCCCGGAGUGUUGCCGGCUCCUCCCACGUUCAGGUUGUCUGAGGAGCCACCCGCGAUUGUGGUUGUCGGCUGUGUCAUUAAACGUGUCCUCACACGUGUGUCCCUGCUCUCUCUGCACGGUUGUGGCCCCCUCGUCCUCCGCUUGGGUUCUGUCGGGCCAUCAGGACGCGAAGUUGAUUUUCUGCCACACAUGCACGUACACACACACACACACACACACACAUACACAAACACACCACACACACAGCACGCACACAUACCACACAGCACACACACGCAACACACAGCAGACACUCAACACACAGCUCACAUACAGAGCACACACACCACACACACAACACCUCCCCCCCAACACACACACCCCUCAAACGUGUCUCACAGAGCAGUGUUUUGCCCUGGCAGCGUGUGCCCCAUGCUGUUGUUUUCUAGCUAUUCUGUUGUUCUGUUUCAUUAAAAAAUAAUAAAAGUGGUGAUCGAGA